ACUUUGAAGAAGAAGAGAAUUGUGGGCGUCUUUGUAAAAGAUGUAGACUUUAGGGGCCCAAAUGUAUACGGAGUGGGACUUUAGGGUGCAAAUUUCAAUUAGUUUGAUCUUUUGGCUUAUCCUACGCCGUCCGUCGUUAACUGUCAUCCUCACCACCGUCUCCACUUAGCCUCCGGAGAUUGGCUCAGCCGCCGUCAGGAAACCAAAACCUAUCGCCACAUCAACCGCCGGCCGGGAGGUAAUUCAGAGCAGAGGGAGGAGAAGGAUGGAUCAGUCAUUCUUGCUCAUGCUCUCAAAUCUACUCCACCUCCACAACCAGCUAGACCCCGCCACCUCCCUCCUCUCCGACUCCGCUUCCUCCGCCGCCUCUCCGGCGUCUCUACUCACCUCCACAUCAGCCGCUCCUCUCCUUUUCUUCACGAUCGCCUCCGUUCUCUCCUACAUCGCUUCCCACCAGCCUAAGAAAAAGCCCAAAUCCCCCUCCUCCCCGACGACAGCGGAAUUCUCCGUCGCCGCUUUCCGCGCGCUCUCGACGGAGCACAUAUGGGCGAUGGAAGCUCCUCUCCGCGACGCGCAGUGGAGAUCUCUGUACGGACUCUCAUACCCGGUGUUUACGACGGUGGUCGAUAAGCUCAAACCCUACAUCACCCAAUCCCAGCUCUCUCUCCCAUCCGAUUACGCCGUAGCUAUGGUUCUCUCCAGAUUAUCCCAUGGCCUCUCUGCUAAAACCCUAGCUUCGCGCUACGGCCUCGAUCCGUACCUAAUUUCCAAAAUUACCAAUAUGGUCACCCGCCUCCUGGCCACGAAGCUCUACCCUGAGUUCAUCAAGAUCCCGGUGAGUCGCCGCCGCCUGGUGGAAACCACCCAGGGUUUCCAAAAACUCGCAUUUCUCCCCAAUAUCUGCGGAGCCAUUGAUGGAACCCCAGUGAGGCUUCAACAUCUUCCCUCAGACACCAUCAACUCCUCCAUGUACUACUGCCGCUACGGAUUCCCUUCUGUCCUGCUCCAGGUCGUGGCUGAUCACAAGAAAAUCUUCUGGGAUGUCUGCGUGAAAGCUCCAGGAGGGUUCGACAAUGCCACCCAUUUCAGGGACAGCUUGCUGUACAACAGAUUGAUUUCCGGUGACAUUGUUUGGGACAAAGGGAUGAAUGUGAGGGGGCUGAAUGUGAGGCCAUACAUAAUCGGGGACUGGGGGUUCCCAUUGCUCUCAUUCUUGCUCACUCCCUUCACUGGGAAUGGGACUGGAAGCCCUGCACAGAACGUGUUUGAUGAAAUGCUGAUGAAGGGGAGAAAGACAGUGGAAGAAGCCAUAGGGCUGCUGAAGGGGAGGUGGAAGAUCAUGCAGAACAUGAAUGUGGGCCUGACCCACGCGCCCCAAACAAUCGUCGCGUGUUGUGUGCUGCACAAUUUGUGCCAGAUUGCAAGGGAACCGGAGCCGGAGCUGUGCAAGGAACCGGAGGAGAACGGGUCGUCGCAGAGGGUGUUGGAGAACGAGAAGAGCUCGCAUUACUAUGGCGAAAGCAUGAGACAAGCAUUGGCUGAUGAGUUGUAUCAACACUUCUCUUCUUCUUCCAGAUAGGAGGACCCCAUGCUUUUCUUUUUCUGAUACAAAUGGGGAGUUCAGGAUGCUGCCAUGAGUAAGUGUUUACCCUGAAAAUGGCAUUUUCUAUCUGAUUGAGAGCUUCCAUGAUUCCCAUCCCAUGGGGUUGUAUUGAACAUUUAGUUUUUGUCUCUGGGUGAGGCCAGGCAUGUUGAAACACAAAAUUUUCCAAAUUCUGUAAGGCACUGUGGGAAAAUUAGGAAUUCGAAUUCUUGGAUUUCAAAUUUUAAGGUCUUAAUGGGUGUAUGAAUUUGUAUAUUGUAAUUGAGCUUUGUUGGAAAUGGGAUGAGUUUAGCCCAAUUCCAUUUUUUUGGGAUUUCCAAAUAUGUAAUUUGAGUCAAAUUUGAUUUUGAAAUCCAAAAUCAAGUUCCCAGACUUGU